AGUGAGGUGAAUCAAAAUCCCACUAUUAGCAUUUUCUGGGAUGUGUCAUAGUUUAGUAAUGGAGGCAAUGAACAUGGCCUUUGUUAUGUCAGGCCCUUCAAUGGAGCUGAUAGUGGAAUUGACUCCAACCAAGGAGAAGACUUGAAUUCAAAGCUUAGGAAUUGAUUAUUUUUGACUCUCAGCUCAACCCUAAAUACAUUUGCGUUUAAAUCUAAGCACGUCUCUUGACUUUACAUUAAAUCAACUUUUGUCUUGCCACAUUUUGUUAGCAGAGCGAUGCAUAGUAUGUAGUGCUGACACACAGCAAGUGUAGCAAAUAUGGAUGAUUUAUUUAAUUAAUAACUGCAGUGUUCAUCAAACUUAAAAAGUUUUCCAGCAACUGCGCUGGAUCCCACAGAAGAUUCAAUUUGAAUAGGGUGAGGCAAUACCUUUGCAUGCGCUCUGAGCCACACCAGGUAUGUAAAUACAUGCAAUCUGCUAUGUGUACUUCAAAUAACACAAAGACUUUUGUGCACUGAAACUGAAAUCAUGAUGUUUGGAGGGACAAAAAUAUAAACAGACGGAAGGAAGAUCAACAGAUCAAUCAAAUCUCCGCCUAUGAACUGGGAAUUGUUUGCAUCACAUGGAAGAAGGUGCGGAUGUUGUUUUGUGUGUCAGAGAGAGAUAACACAAAUCCUCUGCUUUGACAGGUGAAUUAUAAUUCUUUUCAGUUGAGUUCACAGAGACGGAUGAAUAUUUGGUUGAACAUUGCAAAAUUCUCUAAGUAGACUGGGCAAGAUAUCUGUCUGACUGAUUGUUGUUUGUAAUUCUUCCCCACACAAUGUUAUAUUUAAGACUGUUUUUAAUGAUUUAGUUGUAUGUUGUGUUGUAACCCUAUUUACUUGGUCUUAUUAUAUACAGUUCAUCAGUCGACUGUAAGAGUCCAAUUUGAUAGAAAAGCUUUUAUGAAAGACAUUUUGCAUGUGAAAUAUCAAUGUUGAUCUUUUAAGUAACAAAUUUUCUUCUCUCACAAGUUAAUAUCAGGAUAGACCAACCAACAUAUCAAAAUGGAUAAGUUCCGUAUGAUGGCCCAGAUCCUCCAGUCCAACCAAGAGUCUUUUAUGAAUGGCAUUUGUGGCAUCAUGGCCCUGGCUAGCGCUCAGCUAUACACGUCUUUUGAAUUCAACUGCCCCUGCAUCCCUGAAUAUAACUACUCCUAUGGGAUCAGUAUGCUGGUUAUUCCACCUAUAUGGUUCUUCCUUUUGGGUUUCGUACUGAACAACAAUGUCUCGAUGCUGGCGGAGGAGUGGAAACGGCCAAUAGGACAGCGGAGGAAGGACCCUACGGUCAUGCGCUAUAUGUGUGUAUCCAUUUCCCAGCGAUCGCUCAUCGCGCCAGCCGUUUGGAUCUCAGUGACUCUAAUGGAUGGUAAAAGCUUCCUGUGUGCCUACAGUAUGGACCUGGAUAUGUCCGAGUUUGGCAAAAAUGUAAGUGGAUAUGGACUGUCUCAAGAGGAACUCUUACGAACGCUGGCCAAAAUUCCAUGCAAGCACAUAUAUGAUGGCCAACACAUUCUAUCCAGAGACGCCGCUGCCAGAUACAUACGCUGUAUUUCACAGGCUUUUGGAUGGUUGUUCUUGUUGAUCAUCACAAUUGUUGCAUUUUUAAUCAGAGCCAUUCGGCCCUGCUUCACCCAGGCCGCCUUCCUCAAAACCAAAUACUGGUCUCACUACGUAGACACGGAGCGCAAGAUGUUUGAUGAGACUUGCACAGAACAUGCCAAAAGUUUCGCCAAGGUUUGCAUCAAGCAGUACUUUGAGGGUAUUAGCGGCGAGAUUCAGAGCUUCCAUGAUCAUUCAUGUGGAGAUGAUAGUGAUGAUGAUGAUGAUAAACCUGAAACUGAAGAAGACAAACUGUUGGGGAUUCGUCGCCAGGACACCAUGAACAAGGUGCUGUGGGACUGGCACAUGUGCAAACCUGCACUGAGUCUAAGAAAGUGUGAAGAUGUUAGCGCUGGACAAAAUGGAGAUUGUAGCAUGAAUGCUAACAAUAAUCAAGAUGGACAUGUCUAUGAUAACACUGACCUUAGUGUGGGCCAAAAAGGCUUCAAAAGUGGUUAUGUGAAUGCUGGCCUUGAUAUUGGCCAAAGUGAUUUGGGCAGGGGAUAUGAUAAUGCUAGCUGUAGUGUGGGCCAAAAUGGCUUUACAAAAAGACAAAGUAAAGCUAGCACAAGCCAAAAUGAAUUCAUGAAUGGUGGUGUUCCUUCUUCAUGCAGUGCUCAAAAGAAAGCAUGGGCAGUGUAUUAUAGUAAGGUAUGAGUCUGAGAUGUAUCUUUUUUCAGGCCUGACUAGAAAUCCUACUAUAUUUCUAAAUUGCUUUAUAUGUUGUUAUAACCAUCCAAACACAUUAAUUAUUGUUAUUUCAAUUACAUAUUACUUAUCACAUUAUAUAACCAAAGCUAUGAAUGAUAAUUCUAGUAUCUGUCAGCCUUAACUUCAUGUGAGAAGAUGACAAAUUAAAAAAUUAUUUUCAGCAUAAGAUUUUAAAUAGAAUGCAGUUUCACCUUGUGCCACAAGAGGCCACUAUACAGCACAUUUCAUCACAGCAACUUUCUGUAACCUUUUUCAGUCCAAGAACUAAGGCCCUGUCCCAAAUGUUACACUUCAUAUGCACCUAUGGACUUACAAUUGUCACCGUGUAUGCAUGAUCGUGAAGUCCACAAGAUUGUGGGGUGUCCAAUUUGUCAUUUUAGGUUUCAGAAGGGUGUACAUGAGUGCACACUUUGCGUCCGAUAUGCGCCCUUGAUGUACACUUUUGCUGAGCUCUGCAGCAGACUUCUUCCCAACAGUCAAAGCAGCAUUACCUAACGAAAGUGCGGACUUGUAGGAAGACCGCAGUGUUCAGGGUGCCAUUUGGGACAGGGCCUAAGACUCUCUUAACACACUUUUCAUAUAUAUUAGUAUUUUUUUUUAUUUGUUUAUAUAUAUAUAUAUAUACAUACACACACACAUAUAUAUAUAAACAAUAAAAUCUCUCUCUACAUUAGAAUACAUUUGUACAAAUAAAAGUACUAACGAAUCUACAUUUGUAAAAAAUAAAAGAAGGCACAGUAAAAAAUGUUUCCAAGACAUUUAAAUCUGAAAGUUAAUUUGAAUAAUAAUCACAUUAAGGACAUUGAAGAAACCUCUGUUAAUAUUUAUUUAUAUAAUACUAUUUUUAAUUAGCUUUUCUUUUCAUUUAAAUUUUAAUAAAUGUUUAGUAAUUUUAUUAUGUGCUUUUGUCAUUUUUAUUUAUUUAUUUAUUUUAAUAUUUCUAUUUAGUUUUAUUUGUAUUUCGGUUUUAAUUUAAACUUAUUUCAUUUAUUUGCCAAGGAAUUAUUAUUAAUUUUCAUUUAAGUUUCUUAAGUGUACAUUCUUCAAUUGAUAUUUAUAUUUUACUUUAGUUUAAUUACCGAAAGGGUCAUUUAAAGGGUUGGUUCACCCAAAAAUGAAAUUUCUGUCAUUAAUUACUCACCCUC